ACAACAAUUCAUAUUCAGGCCAAGCCAUGCCUCUGCUUGAUAACCCAACGCUAAAUGUCAUCCAGCUCGGGUUCGGAUUUUUUGCGACAUUUUUUGCGUUCAACUCACAAGGAUUUAUUGAAGAGGCAGUCAUUGAUAGUGCAGCGGAUAGUGGAAGCAUAAACAAACAUGCCGGGUACUACAGCUUGGCAAUUAUCUACGCCGUUUUUACGGUUGCCAAUUUUGCCGCCGCGCCGAUUGUGGAUAUUUUGACUCCAAAAUGGGCUAUGGUGUUUGGAUCAUGUUGCUAUACAAUUUUCCAGGUUGGGUUCCUAUUCCUCAAUGAAUGGUAUCUCUAUGCCAGCAGUGCACUUCUUGGAUUUGGAGCAUCUAUUAUUUGGACUGGGCAAGGAUCAUACUUGUCUCAAAAUUGCACCAAGGAAACAACAAGUCGAAAUAGCUCAAUGCUAUGGGCAAUGUCUGAAAGUUCACUUUUGGGUGGUGGUAUUUUUCUAUUCAUUGUUUUCACUGUGCAGGGAGCUCAAGAUCAGAUACCUUCUUCUACGAUCAACAUUCUCUACUCCGUUUUCACUGUUUUGUCCCUCAUUUCUACUGUGAUCUUUGCAUUGCUCCGUGCUCCGUCUUACCCUGCGGUAGUCGAUCGAAAAAAUUAUGGAAAGUUGGUUGCUUCAACCUUCAAGUUGAUGUUAACCAAGAAAAUGAUCCUUCUCGCAUUUGUUUUUGCGUACACCGGAAUUGAGCAAUCUUUUUGGACAGCAAUCUACCCAACUUGCAUUUCAUUUACCAAACAGCUGGGUAAUAACACGAACGCUCUUUUGGCUCUUAACGCAAUUUGUACUGGGUUUGGACAAAUCGCAGCUGGAGUAUUCUUUGGUCUACUUGGUGACAAAUCCAGAAAAAUUGGCCGUGAUGCCAUCAUUCUCUGUGGUACAAUUGUUCAUCUUGUGGUUUAUGCCUUGUGCUAUAUUAAUUUCCCUCAAGAUUCAUCUCUAAAGAAAACUGACGAAAUGGGAGGACUUAUUCAGCCAAAUUUGGCAAUCGCUUUGAUUGCCGGAGGCCUUUUGGGAUUUGGCGAUGCAAUUUGGAACACUCAAAUUUACUCUUUCUUGUGUGAUACCUUUUCCAAACAAAGUGCUCAAGCGUUUUCCCUCUUCAAAUUGUAUCAGUCUGCUCUAUCGUGUGCCGCAUUUUUCUAUGCACCCGUGCUCCAGCUCUACUGGCAUUUGGUCAUUCUUGUGGUCACAUCGUUGUUUGCAGCCUGUUGUUUCUUUUAUGUAGAGAGAAUUUCAAGGGAAACAAGUUCAAUUAGAGAUUCAUACAGUUUCACAGAUGACAAAAUGGCUAAACUACGCGGAGAUGUUCAGUACAAUAUAAAUAGUAAUGAGAUACAAAAUAGUGAGUAA